AGAUUAGAUUCUUUUGGGCAGAGAUUUUUUUGUAACUUUGUGAUUAAUUGUGAUAAAUACGAAUAAAGUAUGGCACAUACCGUUAUUAAUUAAUAAAAUAUUCCUUUCUGUGUACGUUAUAAAGCAAUCAAGAGUUCUUGUAAAAUCUAUUUCGUAAGAGGUUAGGAAGCCAACACUACAUUUUACAUCUUUUUUAUCAUCUUGAAAUGAACAACGAGAAAAGAAAUGCUCGUGGUCGAGGCCGAGGCCGUGGCCGUGGUAGGGGCAGAGGCCGAGGCCGAGGCAGGGGCAAGAAAGUGCCCAAAGUGAUGUCUAGUGACGAAGAGGAAUGCUCUGUAGAAGAAACUUCGCAAGAUCAAGAAGAAGUGGUCACUGAAGAACCUAAAGAAGAAAUUGAGCAGGCCGAGCCGCCAAAAUUGGAAGUACCGUCGGACAUAUCUCAGCUGGAAGCCCCAGUGUUCACAACUCUACAACGAGGCCCCCCAGAGCCAAUGUUGCGUCUCGAUUGGAGCCACCGUGCAAACCUAAUCGGGGAGAAAGUUCUGAACCCCAUGAUCUAUUGCUGUGAUAUAUGCUCAAAACCUAUUCUUAUUUAUGGACGUAUGAUACCAUGCAAACAUGUGUUUUGCUUAUCAUGUGCAAGAGCUGAGCAUACUCACUGUCCGAGAUGUAGAGAAAAGGUGUUGCGAGUUGAACAGACUGGUCUCGGCACAGUUUACAUGUGCACUCAUUCUGGGACUCGAUAUGGGAACACAGGAUGCAGGAGAACAUAUCUUUCACAGAGAGACCUGCAAGCCCACAUCAACCACAGACACGUUUCGGCAGCUGGUGACGUCAAGCCUGAUCCUGAACCACCUUCAACCAGUUCUGUGGCCAUUGUGAAACCUUUAUCUAUGGCGCCGACUUCGAACGACCCGCGCGGGCCGGGCACGGGCGCGGGCGGCGACCGCACCCGCCGCACCAACCUCAUCACCGUGCCCAUACACGACCAGCCCGAGCAGCAUAACUACUAUAACUACUAUCCGCAGCAGCCGGUGGGGUCGGUGGCGGGUGUUUCUGGCGUCUCUGGCGUGGGCGGCGUGCUGACGGCAGGCGUGGUGCACAACGUGUCGGUGCCGCCGCCCUACUACGCGCCGCCCUACCAGCCGCCCGCGCCCUACCAGCCGCCGCCGGGUAGUAGUAUAGCAACAAACGUAUCAGCCCCGCCAAUGGCGGCGGGCGUAGCGAACCCGGCGCUGAGCUCGCCGCGCUGGCCCGACUCCUACCCGCAGCAGUGGCCGCACAACCCACACCAUUAUUACAGGUAGCGGCGCCCGCCCCGCGCUCCGCGGUACGAUGCGUACGCGCCGCGCCCGCGUUUGUGACGCGACACUCAGCUUAGUUCCCUCUUCUCCGUUGAGUGAGGGAAACGGGUGGGCCCAGAUAUCUUCUCAGGAUGUGAAUGGACACGUGACUGCAACUACAAAGACUGCUUGAUGAAUCAAAGUGCAAGAUAGUGCGACUACAAUCUA